CAAUUGACCCAGCGUCAUCCGGUUUUGCCCGGAGUAGACCGUCAUUGUAAAUAAGUAUUUGUUCUGCUUGUCUGGUUUAAAUACCGGUUAAAAACUACAACGUAAUGAAAUACGUCAUUAACGGGGCAGACUCGCUGACAUGGCGGAACUAGUAGAGGAUUCACGUGAUUGUCAGUCGGACAUGUUUCCCGAGCGGACAAUUUACAACUUGUUUGGACGGCUACUAUGUAUUCAGCAGGAACAGAGAGUUUGAUCAAACAAGCCAGGGAGAUCGGGGAGGUGGAGCUUCAGAAGUUCUACGGCCGGAUCACCAAGCAGCUGGCGGGUAAAGAACACGGCCAUGAUGUCAUCGACUCACUCCAGAGACUACACCUGAUCGUGGCCUCAACCAAGUACACUAGGAGGCUGCCAGUGGAGCUGCAUCAACGUCUGCUGUCGUUUUGUGUGUCUUCCUCUGUGGAGCAGCUGACUGUGUUGACCUCAGCAGUACUCAGAGAAACACUGCCCCCUUCUGGUCCGGAGCAGAUCUACACCCUCCAUGACUACAGCCCAUUAACCAGUCAUACUGCUGCUUUAGUACUGUCACAGGCGGGGUCUAAAGAAGACCUGUCAGCUCUCUCCUCUCUCCUCCUGCGAAGUUUGGAUGGACGACCAGCAGGCAUCCUGUCUCACCUUCACACUCUGCCUCUUCUCAACAGCAUCAUCACCUACUGCCCAGAGAGCCUUACUGAAGAUCAUGUGACCCUGCUCAGUAAGAGGCUUGUUGAUUGGCUGCGCUACGCCAGCGUUCAGCAGGGAGGUGUGGCUUCGUCAGGAGGGUUUUUCACUGGCCCUCGAAUACGUCAGCCGGGGCCAGUGGUGGAGCUGGAUGGCUGUGUGUGUGGGGAUUUCUUCACGGUGCUGUGUGUCAGCCAAGCCUUCUCAGAUGACCAAUGGAUGAACCUCUACAGUUUCUCUCUGCUACGCCAUUGGCUGAUCACAUACCACAACGUAACGGACGGCAACAACAGCACAGACGCAGGUGGGGGGGGGUUGGCUGACUGGCUGACUGGCUGACUGACUGGCUAGCUGAGGCUGGC